AAAAAAUUCAAAAUUAUUGUAUUAUUUUCUAAUUAUUUUACAUGUAUUACACAUAUGUUACAUAAACUAUCUAUUUUCAUUCUUUUAUUCUGUGAAAGAUACUUGUAAUGGUGAAAUAAUUCUUCAUUAGCCAAUGAGUUGUAAAUUGUGUUAAACAAAGGUAUUGGCGUUACAGAUUAAAUAAAAUAAAAAAAUGCAAAAAAACAAUUGCAUGAAGAUUUAGGUAGUUGGAAUCUCGUUAGAAUUGAAUUGAAGAUCAUGUUUUGGUUUUGAUGUUUAUCCUUUUUAGAAACCUCAUAAAUGUCAAAUUGAAAUGUCUAGCCUAAGAUUUCAUUAUUUAUUUAAAGAUUGUACGAAAACCAAAUUAUUUAAUGUUCCUGCGUUGGUAAGAAAUCUUUCGAGGCGAAGUAAUAAUCAUGAAGGAUCUUUUAAACCCGUAAAAUCACGAAAAGUCGAAAAAGCUGAAGGACACUUAGUCUGGCGAGAUCCAAAUUUUGAGAUCCUCGCUUCCCCAAAUGGAUUUCCAUUCUUUUUACCUGGAAACAUUGGUCUUGCGUGGUAUGAUAAAUACACCACCGUGCAGUCUGAGGUGCUCUUUUCAAUGGAAGAAGUAAAUAAGGAAGAAGCAAAUGGUAACAUAGUAUGUGAAGUGCAUAAAUGCCCUACAGUACUUCGGAAAACCGUGUGUGAUUUAUUUCCUUUUAAGAACUUAGAACAGUGUGAAUUGUCAGUAGUGACAUUAACUCUUAAACCAGAUUUGAAGGCACUUCGACAGAAUGCAGAUUUGGAAACUGAAAAAAUGGCUCAAAUUUUUGUGCUGACUGCAAAAAAUAUAUGUAAUAAGUUAAAAACGGCAGGUUACUGGGCAGAUUUCAUAAAUCCUUUUUCUGGAAGACCUUACUUGUUCCCUCAGUCAGUAGAUGGAUUGUAUCAAACUGAUCCAAAAUUUAGGUGUUUAGAUUUUCAAAUAUUUGAAAUAAGCGAAUGCAAAGUGGUGUCUAAUGAACCUGAUAAAACCAAGAAAAAGUUUAUAGGAAGUUUGUUUAGCAAUGCACCUGUGGAUAAGAAACGUCUCAACAGCAUUUUUAUUGCCUGAUAUCUACAUUCAAACUGUAAAUAUCUACACUUUUAUUGUGUUCUGUGACCAGAAGAAAUUAAAGGAUUUGUCGUUAUUAUUUUUAAUUGCAUAUUUACAUUUAGAAAAAGAAUUUUUAAAGUUUCAGUAGUAACAGUAAA